CCUGAGGCAUGAUCGGCCGGGGUUAUUUGAUACACCAUGACGACCUCAGUUUGCGACGAGCAUAAUAAUGAUUGUCUGGCUUGCCAGUCUCACCUGGCUUUGCAGUCACGGAGUACAUACAUCAUAUGCAUCCAUGUACACAUAACUACCACAUACCUCCCCCAUACAUAUGCUGCGCUGAACCCAAUUGCCUGAACAUGAACGAGCAUCCACCGAUGCUGGAACGGGUAUGCAUUUCUUACCUGGUGUCAUUAUUCGAACUUCUUUGUUGUCUUUUUCGAGAGCAUCUUGGUUUUUGUUUCUUUCCAAUACCCCCUUUUGAUUGGCUGGUAUUUCUUUUAAUCUAUUCGAGUGCCUUUCUGGACUAUUGGUGGAUUCAGCCGUCAUGUUACAUAAGGUUUCUUCUGCACCAAUUGAUCACUUGCCACCUGUGGUACACCGAUAUGCAUUGCCUUGAUGAAGUACUUUGUAGAAUAUGGGCGUCGGCCCUGGCUGUAAGGCUGAUUGUCCAGGCCAGCUGGCCGGAGCAUCCGGGGACUGAGGUCAACUACGAUGCAGCAGGAAGGUGGAGAUGGCGGCCAGGUUUUAUGAACGAUGCAACGUCAAUUGGCCUACGGGGUACGACGCCGGGUUACUCCCCGGCCAGGGAACUGCGGCAGGUGGGCAUGUCCGAACCAACAAGAAGGGGUGUAGAUAACGCUAUGGGAGGGGUUUUUUCCUCGUAUCAUGGGAGCUUGAGGGGUGAUGGCUAGUGAGACAGAUCAUCCUGAUAGACGCGACCGUGUCCAAUAGAUGGAGAUGCUGGGAUGCUUGGAUGCUGCCUGGAUCUGGGGUGAGGAAACCGAUCGACAGCGUGGAGAUAUUGUUGGUUUGAUGUAAAUGGAUGUGGAUGGAGUGCAAUUGAAGUUAAU